CUCCCGCGUCUCUCUGCGAUUUCUCGCGGUGCGUCUCCGCCGUUUUGUCGCUGCGUUCCCUUCUUCCUCGCAUCCGUCUUCCUCUCGUUCGCACCGCUUCUCUAGUCUCUCUUUUGCCCUUCCGGCGGCGGGCCGCUCUUCUCUCGUUCUCUCAGCUGACUUCCCGCGACGUUCUCUGUUUCAUCUGUCCUCGGGUCUGCAUGCCUCGGAACGUCCGCGAGUCGUCGAGCUUAGCAACCUCCGGCGUGUGUGGCCCUUGCCUGCCUCGCGGCGCGUCGCAGAGGCAGCUGCAAAGAAACUGUUUUCGGCGUUUCGUCUCGAUGGAAUCGGAGCGAAGGCGGCUGAGGUGUCGUCGUUUUCUUCUCGCGCACGUAUCGUCUCGCGUCUCUCCGUCUUCCCUCUUCCUUCUCUGCGUGAGCCGCCCGUUUCCUGUGGCGGAGUCCUCUUCUUCCUCGGCGGCAGUCCGCAGUGGGGCGCUGUCGUCAUCUUGUGCCGCGCCGUUCUUGUCGCGUUGCUGCCGUCCUCUUCUGUGGAGUUUGUCGCGGUCGCAGAGUUCAGUCUGAGCGUGUCGCAGCGCCGUGC